AUGGAUCGUCGCCUCGGUAUCUCCGGGAUGAGGCUCGUCUGGAACACCAUGGGAGGCCACAAGGUAAGUUAGUCCCCCCCCCCCCAGGUAAGCAAACAUUGUUUUGCUGCCUUUGCAUUCGCCUGUUCUUGCCUGCUUACUUACUGUCUGCUUGUUCGUGUCCGUGCUUACUGUAAGCUAAGUGCCAUUCUGUCGAAUUUGUCUACUCAUCGAUUGUAUUUCAGUAGCCAGUCGACCUAGCGAAUGGAGGUAAAGCUCUGCAUCCCGUCACUCUACCCUUCCCGAAUCCCCCCUUUUGGCUUACGGCGAUGCUGUAGGCAGUCCCUGUGGUCGCUCUCCCACCAAACAAAAGACGUGGCCCAUAGUGGAGUUCGGCAACCGUCUGGGACAAUUCAGCAGCCCUAUUUAGGGAGGGCACUGCUCACGCCCGCAAAAGGGGAGGGACUAGAAAAUCUGCCCUAAACAAAUGCUGGGGUUCAACGCCGUCUGCAGGCUGACCGUAGCCUCAGGCGCAAAGCUCACGGUCUAAACAACCAAACAAGAAACAACACUCUCUCUCUCUUUCCUCUCCUCCCCGCAGCCCCACUCGCCAGACUCCACUCACUCCGGCAGUCUGAAAUGUUCGUUCUCUUUUAGGCAAUCCCAAGAGCAACCGACCGAAACGAAGGACGACGCUAUUGGUUCGGAACUGGAGCGCUACAAGGUGGACAUCGCUGCACUCAGGCGACCGGGUUCUCCGAAUAAGGCCACCUGGAGGAAGUGGGUGCCGACUACACCUUUUUCUGGAACACGUGUCCCCAUGGCAGAGCGACGGGACGCUGGCGUCGCCUUUGCUUUCCAGAAUGACUUCGUGGGAUGCCUACCCUGUCUGUCGCAAGCCAUCAACGAUUGCCUGAUGGGCCUCCGCCUGCCUCUCAGCGGAGGCGAAUUCGUCACCAUCGUCCGUGUCUACGCCUCCUCCCCCCAGAUGACCAGUUCUGACGAGACGAGGAAUAAAUUCUACGAGGAUCUGCACGCCCUCCUGGCGCCUGUGUCGAAGGCUGAUAAGUUGAUUGUCCUUGGUUACUUCAACGUCCGCGUCGGCACAGACCAUGCUGCCUGUAGAGGAGUGGUGGGUCCCCAUGGUCUCGGUGACUCCAACGACAGUGGCCUGCCCCUCCUACGAACCUGCGCAGAACACCGGCUGAUCCUGACCAACAUCCACUUCCGCGUCCCGAUGUGAGAGGAGGUCACUUGGAUGUACACUCAGUCGCGACAGUGGCACCUGCUGGACUAUGUCCUCGUCCGGAGGCGAGACCAGUGGGACAUGCUGGUAAAAAAGGCGAUUUCGGGUGCCAACGUGUGGACCGACAAUCGUUUCAUCUCCAAGAUGCGGAUUCGCAAACAGCCUGGCAGGUGACCUCAAGGUAAGCGACUCCCAGGUAAGUUUAAUAUUUCUUUGUUGUCUCUGCCUGCUUACCAUCUCUAUUUCAUCUAUUUCAGUAACGAGCUAGCCAAACGGUUAGCCAACCUUCCAGUCGUCCCUGCCGCCGCUGACGAGAACGCCUCGGUUGAGAAACGAUGGUGUCAACUACGGGACACAGUCCAGCCGACGACUCUGGUCGUCUUCAGUCGCGCAUUUCGCCAACACCAGGACUGGUUUGAUGACAACUACGCCGCCAUCAGCAAGCUGUUCGUCGAGAAGAACCGCCUGCGCAAAGCCUACGUCGACCGCCCGACCGAUGACAACAAAACGGCCUUCUACCAUAGUCGUCGCCCUAAGCAGUAG